AUGAAUGUGCCUCAAUUCUUUUCUCCUUGUUGUACCACCACAACGUAUCCACUGAACGUCUGCUCAAAGCAAUCUUCAUGUAAUUUCUUUUCUGUACCAAACCAAAUUUGCUCUACCCACCAAACUAAUUGUCUGUACCAUCAAGAACCAGAACCAUUUAGUUGUUCUAUAAACCAAAUUAGUGAAACUCCAAUGGAAGAAGAUUACUCUUUUAAUGAUGAAGUUUUUGACCUUGAAGAUUGUGGUGAAUUCACUGACGACACCUCAGACUCAGUAGAUGCACUCGCCUCUCAAUUACUUGAAACAGUUGAAAAUAUUAAAAGACAAUCUCAAGAAACAAAUAAAAUUCUCCAAAACAUUAUGAACAUGAAUAAACCAAAAUAA